AUGAAUUAUCAUUUGAUAUUAUUCUAUUUAAUAUCAUUUAUUUUUCAAUAUACAAAUUCAGUUAAUAUAAAUACUGGUUUUACUGAUGCAUUGACACUUGAAGAAUAUGAAGAUGAUGUUGAAUUAAUUAAAAUUCGUUUUGAUACUACAAGACCAUGUCGAUUUUUUUCUGAUGACCGUUAUCCAAAAGUAGAAAAAGGUUUAGCUAAUUGUUCAUGGUAUGAAGAUGAUGCAUGUUGUAAACGAACUGAAGUAGCAAGUGUUUUUGAAUCAAUGUUUACUUUACAUCAAGCUUCAUCACAAUGUCGAAAUAUGAUGAAUUAUCUCAUGUGUUUCUUUUGUGCACCUGAUCAAUAUUUAUGGUAUAUUAAAAAACAUGUUAAAAUUUGUCAAACAUUUUGUGAUGAACUUUAUAAACAUUGUAAAACAGCUGAAUUUAGUGGAAAUAUUAUUGGUACACUUUAUAAAUCAGGUUUAGAAUUUUGUGAGGCAAAUCAUUUUAAUGUAGUUACAAAUGAUUGCUUUAAAUUUGAUGAAAAUGUUUUUUCAUCAGCACCAUAUUUAUUUCCAUCAGCAACAUUCCUCUUUAGUCUUGUCAAUUUGUGUCUAGUCAUAAUAUAA